CCGCUCGGGAGCGAGCGACGGCCCCACUGCUCGAGCCAGCUCGCCGUGUGCGGCCGGCGCCGAGGCGGCUGCCGGCGAUCCGCUCCCGCAGGAUGUCUGCGAGGAGGCCGCCCGCUGUGGCGGCCUGCCUCGCAGCGGCAGCGCGAGAGCUCCCUGCUCGGGGCCACCGCCGCUCGUCGAGCUGCACGAUCGCGGGCCCGAGCCGCCCUCAAGGCUGCGCUCGCGCCGCUGGUACCAGCGCGCGCUGCACCGGGGCUCGUGGGCCGAGGGCGUGCGGCGCGGCCAGCCUGGCAGUUUGCGGUGGACGGCGGGCGAGUCCCGGGUUCCGAGCGGCGCAGGCGGAACGCCGCUCGGCACGCGCCCCGGGUGCCGCCAGGCGGCAUCGCGCGGGCCUGUGCGGAGGGCAUCGCGUGGGAGGCUGCUGGCCCGCGCCCGGGGCUGGGCGGCGGUGGAUUUUGCGCCGAAGAGCCGCCCUCCCAGCCGCAGGUGGGGCCUGCGGCGUGA